AUGCAGGCCCCGGCGGGCCCCAGUCCCGGGCAGACCUGCGUGCUGAUCCUGAUCUUCACUGUGCUCCUGCAGUCCCUCUGCGUGGCCGUGACUUACAUGUACUUCACCAGUGAACUGAGGCAGAUGCAGGACAAAUACUCCCAAAGUGGCAUUGCUUGUUUCUUAAAGGAAGACGAUAUCCCUUGGGACCCCAAUGAUGAAGAGAGUAUGAACACCCCGUGCUGGCAAGUGAAAUGGCAGCUCCGUCAGUUUGUUAGAAAGAUUUUGAGAACCUAUGAGGAAACCAUUCCUACAGUUCCAGAAAAGCAGCUAAAUAUUCCUUACCUAGUAAGAGAAAGAGGUCCUCAGAGAGUAGCAGCUCACAUAACUGGAACCAGUCGGAGAAGAAGCACAUUCCCAGUUCCAAGCUCCAAGAAUGAAAAAGCUUUGGGUCAGAAAAUAAACUCCUGGGAGUCAUCAAGAAAAGGACAUUCAUUCUUGAAUAAUUUGCACUUGAGGAAUGGUGAGCUGGUUAUUCAUCAGAGGGGGUUUUAUUACAUCUAUUCCCAAACAUACUUUAGAUUUCAGGAACCUGAGGAGACAGAACAGAACAGAAAGAGAAACAAACAAAUGGUACAAUAUAUCUACAAAUACACAAGUUAUCCUGACCCGAUACUGCUAAUGAAAAGUGCUAGAAAUAGUUGUUGGUCUAAGGAUUCAGAAUAUGGACUCUAUUCCAUCUAUCAAGGUGGGAUAUUUGAGCUGAAGGAAAAUGACAGAAUUUUUGUCUCUGUAAGUAAUGAGCAAUUGAUUGACAUGGACCAAGAAGCCAGUUUUUUUGGGGCCUUUUUAAUUGGCUAA